AUGGCUUCUGCAGCAACAGAGGGAGAGAAGGGGUCUCCUGUGGUGGUGGGGCUGCUGGUUGUAGGCAACAUCAUUAUUCUGUUGUCAGGCCUGGCCCUGUUUGCCGAGACAGUGUGGGUGACAGCUGACCAGUACCGUGUGUACCCACUGAUGGGCGUCUCAGGCAAAGACGAUGUCUUCGCGGGUGCCUGGAUUGCUAUCUUCUGCGGCUUCUCCUUCUUCGUGGUGGCCAGCUUUGGUGUAGGAGCCGCACUCUGCCGCCGUCGGUCCAUGAUCCUCACGUACCUGCUGCUGAUGCUCAUAGUCUACAUCUUCGAGUGUGCCUCCUGCAUCACAUCCUACACCCACCGAGACUAUAUGGUGUCCAACCCGUCCCUGAUCACCAAGCAAAUGCUGACCUUCUACAGUGCAGACAGCGACCAGGGCCAGGAGCUAACCCGCCUCUGGGACCGGGUCAUGAUUGAGCAAGAAUGCUGCGGCACAUCUGGCCCCCUGGACUGGGUGAAUUACACAUCUGCCUUCCGGGCAGCCACUCCAGAAGUGGAAUUCCCCUGGCCCCCUCUGUGCUGUCGCCGCACAGGGAACUUCAUCCCCAUCAAUGAAGAAGGCUGCAGAGUGGGCCACAUGGACUACCUGUUUACCAAGGGUUGCUUUGAGCACAUCGGUCAUGCCAUUGACAGCUACACAUGGGGCAUAUCGUGGUUCGGCUUCGCCAUCUUGAUGUGGACACUCCCUGUGAUGCUGGUAGCCAUGUAUUUCUACACCACUCUCUGAAAAUGAAGAGGAGGCCGU